UGCAGCUUGGUCUAGACCAGUGUGACUUGUUCUCCCUCAGUGACUCUUUUCCGAAAUGUUCGUGGUCAUAUGUUUACACAGUUGGGGUUUGCAUAUAUACCUUCUCUUUGAUCUUGUUACAGUCUGAACCGGCGUCUGAAGCUGACUUAUAUCCUCAGAUGAGCAGAGCUCCUUCCCAAGCUGCAGAAAGCAGUCCAACAAAGAAGGAUGUACCACAUGCUCAGCCUCCAUCAAAGCCCAUUCGUAGGAAAUUCAGACCUGAAAAUCAAACUACAGAAGGCCAAGAGUCUGCUGCUGUAGUUGGAGGGGCAGCUCCUGCAGCGAUGGUGAAACCCCAUCCAACAGUACAGAAGCAGUCUUCCAAGCAGAAGAAGGCUAUUCAGACUGCCAUUCGCAAAAAUAAGGAGGCCAAUGCAGUACUGGCCCGCUUGAACAGUGAGCUUCAGCAGCAGCUGAAGGAAGUUCAUCAAGAACGGAUUGCAUUGGAAAACCAAUUGGAACAACUUCGCCCAGUCACAGUGUUGUGACAACCUCAAGGCUUGAGUGACAGCAGGUGACCUUGUCUGCCAAGAUCUUUCUUUUGAGUAUUUGAGCCCAACUACUUGUCAUAUAUGUCUGAAUGUCAAAUGCUGUGAGCAGCACAACAUAAUCUAUAUGACUUUCUCUUUUGCACUUCACUUGUGUAUUUUACAGUGGUGGUAAAAUAUGUCUUCAACUGAUCAUUGCACUUAGAAUAUUAACUAUCAGCUACUGGGAGGCUAAAGCAGGACGGUCAUAAGCUCAAGGCCAUUUUGAGAAGCUUCUUGAGAUACUGUCUUAAAUGAAAAGUAAAAAGAGAGGUAUGUAUAUAUCUCAGUGGUAGAGUGCUUGCCUGAUUUACAGGAAGCCCCUGUUUAAUCCUAAAUCCCACUUAAAAUUAUACUUAUAUUGGAAUUUAUCUCCAGUUUUAACCACUUUUAGAUACUGCUCCUUAUUUAAAUUACUCUUUUAGCAGAUAAUUGAGAGCAUUAUUUAUUUAAAGAAUUUAUAAUUUUACAGAACCUAUUAAUGAUGUACUACCAGGAUGCUCAUUUUAUUCUUAUAUGUAUGCUAUAUACAGUCCGUGGGUUUCCUGGAUAGUAUGCAUUCCAGCUGGAUAGUCUUAGGCAUGAUGAUAAUAAAAACAAAAGCUGGAAUACAAUUAAAGCAUCAGAUUUAUACUGGCACUGUGCCUCUACCACUAAAUGCCAAAAACUGCUUCCGUAGUACCAUUUUGAUAUUAUGUCUGUUAUACAUAAUACAUGACUAUUGUUUUCAAUAUCAAAACCUUACUGGGUCUUUACACCUCUGUGAAGUAGAGAUUUUGGCAAUGAACUGUUGAACUUGGCCAAUCUAGGCCAUCAACCUAGAAAACUUAGUCCUUUUCAUGUAAAUUUUUGCGCAAGCACAAUCUACUUUAAAUGCCUUGCCUGAUCAAAUUAAAUAAAUAAUUGCCAGAUCUCUGCUUUUAUCCCGCACGGGAUAACAACUUUGUAAAUGCAUGAGCUUGGAAACCACCCAUCAAAUAUUGGUAGCUGGAUAGCUACCUAUUUGUUGUUGAAUCCAGGUAUCCAAGCUGAGAGGGGAAGAAAAUAGCCACCAACUCUGCAACACUCCUUGGCUGUUGUCAUUGUCUUUAUUUUAGCCUCGAUUGCAAAUGUGUUACUUCUGAAGAUACAAUGAAAGAAUGCAAUCUUCCCACCAGCUCUGCGACUACUUGUUCGGUGCAAAGUGUGCUCUUGGGAAGUAUUAACAUUACAUACAGUUCAGGGGAGCUUAGCUAACUCUAGUGGAAGUGAUAGAAAGCAAUCUUAAAUUGCAAAAGCAAGGAUCCUGUAGAAAUUUAGUAGUACAGCCCAGUUGAAAGUAGGAAAUUACUGACCUGUAGGGUUACAGGGUCCCUGAAUCACUGAUCUUCAACAGGGCAUUGUAGUGUUAGCACAAGUUGCACAGGGUACUUUUCAAAUGGUUUUGGAUAGAUUUAUAAUAUGUAAGAUUAAGCUGUUGAUUUCAAUAGAGCUGAGAGUGUUUAGUAAAAAUAGGCAUUUAUUUAAUACUUCCCUGUUCCUUUGGCAAGCUCUAUCAGUAGCUUAACAACAGAAGAGUUCAAACAGAUGAUGUUUUUCCAAAGAAAAACAAAUUGUUGACUCUCUUCCAUGCAUAUUUAAGGAUUUGAAUCUGAUUUGAUUUGGAAAGUCAUGAAACUUGAACUAUUUCUGCAUUUUUUUCCCUUUGGCUGCCUUUUUUUUUGGUUGUUGUUGUUCUUGUGGGGAGGGAUCAGGAAUGGGUUUGACCCCUCCUAAAAUUAUAGUUGGUUCAGUGCAAAUUCCUAGGUGACUUCUUUUUCCAUAUGCUGGGAUGUGGGGGCUGGGACAGAUUUUCAACAGCGUUAUCAUUGCAGAUGUUUCACAGCAUGUUUGGCAUUUUGUACAUUCAAUACAGGAAAGACUAACAUAUGCACUUUAUCUCAAAGUCUCCCAGUGCAUAUGCACUCACUUGGGCUAGCACUUCAUCUCCACCAACCAGACACAACCUAAGGAGUGCUGGUCUACUGAGCAUUUGAAAACACUGACAUAUUGUUUCCCUCAUGAAGUAAAUGACACAGGGAACUGCAUGAAGAGAUUGGAAUUUUAAAGGACAAAACUUGCAUUGGACAAUCAAGGCCCUCUGAGUUCCACAACCUCAUCAAUAUUUACAUUGUGGUACUGGGAUCAAAUACCAGGACAUCAUUCAUUCUAGGCAAAUUCUGGGCCAUACCUUCAGCCUUUCACCAAUAUUUUAAUGAAGCAUUACAUUAAACCACACACCAAUCAAUCUCCCCCCACACGCACACAUAGUACUUUUAGCUGGACUUAAUUUUGAUCAGUUUAUUAGUUGUUUAGAAAUAGAUUCAUAAAAGGAAGUACUUAUGUUUCUAUUAAAUAUAUACUACUAAAUACAUGUUAUAUGACUAGUAUUGAUCUUUUACUUCUGUGUUUUGUUAGGAUGUGCACUUUUAGGGAUACAGUGCCUGAUAAUAUUUUUUGAGAGCCUUUAAUAUGAUAUGGGGAAAAAACACAUUGAAAUCACUUGUAGAACUACUUUGGAAUUUAUCUCCAUUUAACCACAAAAAAGAAGCUUCCUUGAUGAAGGAUAAGAGAUGAAGAUUUGCUUGUUUUGCAGAAUUCUACAAAGUGAAGGUUAACCCUGUCUCCAUUCAUGGGGCUUUAAUUGCCUUGUUGCUCAAUGGUCUUUCUGCCUGAGGAUCCUCCAGUCCUACAGAUGAUCAUACACAGUAGGAAAUGACCAUGGGCUUAUUGGGGCUUUUUAGCAUCUCUAGUAAGUAGCAUACAGCUUUGGCCAGCUUUCUAUUCAUAGACCUAAAGCAGAGCCCAAAUGAUAAUAGUAAGAAUGGAUGUAUAAUGUGACAAUCAAGAUAUUUGCUCUAGUUGGAAAGAUCUAAGCAGUUUAUAAGCAUCAGACAAGGGUUUGGGACUAAUUUAGAAAUGAGUUGGCUUAGAUGGAAGCUGUGCUAUGUGAUUAUUAGAACUAGGCAGGACCAGCGUUCCUCAUUUAUAGCUAGCAUGAGAAAAUCACAUCCCUAAGAAUUGUGGACUCUUGGCCCAGGAAUCCACAAUAAUAGAUAGCUAGAAGUAGAGUUGGGAUGUAGCCUGAUUUUAUAGAUUCCAAGGUAGUCCUCUGUCAACCCUAAAAAUAGAUUAGAAAGCCUUUACUAUUUAUCAUGUUGCAUUUUAUUGACUUAAUUGGUCCUUAGAUAUGAAAGCAUCUUUGAAGGAGUUUUAGAUCUAGACAUUUCUCUCAGAUUUAAGUAAAAAAAUAAAAUUUGAGAGGAAAUAAUGUUAUUAAACUAUUCUAAUGCUUCACCUUUGAUGAUGUAGUACAUUCCUUUAAAUCUUGGCAGAACUUUCCAAAGCUACUGUUUUCAAUAGAUUCCAGUCCCAUAUUCCCAUGGGCACUUGCUUUCUCAAGUAGACUACUGUAAUAAAAAUGAACUCAAUAUGUAGGAGCUUAUAGUUUUCUCCAGUAUAUUGGUGGUUGCUCACAAAUGGUUCAUUUUAACACAUUUUAGGGAUAAGUAAUCAAAAACAUGAACUUCCCUUUUGUCUUCCCACCAAUGUCUGAACUAUUGUAAAAUAGUAUGUUUCUUUAGCUGUGUUUUGAUUGUAUAGUAUUUCUAAAUAUUUCUCUGUGUUCUGGAUGGUCUCAUAACUGUGGCCAUAAUAGAUAUUAGAAGAUCACUUAGACAAUAUCUAGAAUUAAUGUGAUUCUUGCAAUCAAGACAGACUUGCAAAUGUCUUUUUCUAAGCAGUAGUUAGAAAGAGCUCAAUUAUAGUAUUGACACCUUAAAGCUAAAACAUUUGUUCAACACAAAUUUCCAUCACACCUCUGACUAGAUAUCAUCAAGAGAAUGUGGAUUUACAAACAUAAAAGCAAGAAUUUACCAUCUCUCACAAGCAGAUUGCCCCAUGUGAUUGACAAGAAGGCUCAUUGGGUUGUGGUUUGAACAUUGAGGGUGUGAAGAAAAUGAAGCAGUGGCUGAAGAAAUCUUCUCCUCUCACUAGAGGUUUUCCGUUCUCUUUCCAGAUGAUCAUUCUAUUUCAAAAGUUCCCUUAAAAUUCAGACUUCAACACAUCAAUUGAAUUUCUUCUACUCUAGUUAUGGGUGUUACAGUUUUUUGUGUCAUGACUCAGUAUGUAUGGUUCAAGUUCCUAGUCAGGAGCAGAGAUCUGGAAGUGUGUAGUCCCUAAGCCUGCACACCUUCCUCCUCUUUCAGCAUGGCUUGUGGAGACAUCCCACCAACAUAGACAGGUUGGUCACUGAUGAUCAUUUUAAUAAACACUGUGGGCCAUUUUGCUUUGCUUGUUGGUGAAAAGAAAUGUAUCUAAUUAUUUGAACCUCUGAAGGAUUGUAGACAAGGAGGACCAGACUUUAGAAACUAUCCAUGUGGAUUUUGAGAGCUGCUGCCCAGCAGAAAUCUUAUAAAUAUGCCUUGAAGCAGUCAUUUUGUGAUUAGGAGCUGGGAAGCCCAGGUAUAGUUAGUUUUAGGCUUGUAGGAUUACUUCCUAGUUUCUCUAAACACACAUGUUCGUAAAGAAUGCAUUGAAACACUGCAGGUUGCAGUUGACAGUACCUACUCUGUCUGCAAAAGCCUCACUUUGCUGGCAACUAUUGGAGAAUGCUUAGUUUGUAUGUCUUGGGAGUUUUCCUUCUUGCUCCUAGCUAAUUUCAUGGCUCUGGUAAGUUAGAAAUACUAUGUUUAUGACUCUGAGGACCAGAGGACAACAGGCUUUAAGAGGGCUUAAAUUGGGAUUCGAGGACUGCAGUAAGGAACCCCUCAGGUACCAGGUUCAUAGCAGUCCGGGAUGAUAGGACUAGAUCCUAAAGUUCUUUCAGGGAGCUCUGCCAUGAGACUGAACACAGUGUAUCCAUCAUAGUCCACUUGACCAACUAAGUUGUAGUUUUUGUUUCAAGUCAACUUACAUGAGAACUUCCACUACACCAAUCUUGGGAAGUGGGGAUACCCUCUUCUUUAGAACUAGAGCUGCCAUUCUUUUCAUCUUCAGCACAAGUAAGGUAUUAAGUGAGCCAGAGACAAAAAGAGCCAUUUUAGUCUUCAUAAUUAUCUGCUAAGAGAGAUAACGAGCUGACUGUCUAUUUUAAACUCGAAGGUAAAAAAUGUAUAUUAUAUUUUUUCACUACAGGUACAUGUAACAGUAAAAAGUGUAACAGCAAAGUAUAUAUUUGAUGCUUUCUGUCUUUUCAUGAUAUUGUGCUAACAAGUUGUGCUAGUAUUGAACUCAACCUGAGUUUCACUCAUUUGCUAAGCAUUGGGAACAUUCUGUGUAUUUACCUUAAACAUAAAUAAAUUCCUGAGAGUGUCCUAUAUUUGGAUUGAGAUUUGUAGACUCAUGCUAACUUUACUGCCUCUUUUUCACACUUGUUGAAAAAUCUGUGAAGAACAUAGUAAGUUAAGGAUUUCCAACUUGGAAAAAUGUACACGAUGUGAAACUGGGGUGCUAUGUUAAAAAUAAACGUAUGAUAACUCA